AUGCAGUACGCCGUACGGUAUCAAAUUGAUCAUCUUGGGUUGGAUGGAAUUCAUAAAGGCGAUGUCAUCCUAUCAAAUCACCCGAGAGCCGGCGGAAGCCAUCUACCAGAUCUUACCAUAAUCACACCGGUGUUUUUCGAGAACAUAGCUGAACCAGUAUUCUUUCUGGCAAACCGAGGUCAUCACGCAGAUAUAGGUGGUAUUGUUCCGGGCAGUAUGCCACCAAAUGCUACUUCUUUAGAACAGGAAGGAGCAACCUUUAUAUCGUUCAAAAUUGUCGAUAGAGGAGUUUUUCGUGAAGAUACUUUGAUAGACAAAUUGAACAAGCCGGCAAGUAUACCUGGUAUGACUGCAGGCAUUUAUGCGGUGCACGUCAUGGCGAUAUCUAGUUGUUCUGGUACUCGUAAUCUCGCCGACAACAUCGCCGAUUUGAAAGCACAAAUUGCUGCCAAUAAUAAGGGAAUUUCAUUAGUAUGCGAUCUCAUAAGUGAGUAUGGUCUCGAUGUCGUACAAGCCUAUAUGCUGCAUAUUCAAUCCACUGCAGAAGAAAGUGUGAGAGAAAUGCUCAAAGAAGUGGGUAAAAAAGUACUUGAAAGAACUGGCAACUCAAGUCUGCAGGCCUCUGAUUCAAUGGAUGACGGAACCGUGAUCCAACUAAGAAUCACGAUUGAUGUAGAGAAGGUCGGCAAGUCGUGUAAAGUCGUGUAA